UCAAUAAGAUAAAAUACUGUAUUUAAGUACUCCAAAUUGGAGUCUUAGUGUACACUAGUACACUCACUGUAGACUGAAUGUACACUGUACUGUAGACUGAAUAGAACUAUAUAGAAUGAAUCUGAAACGUAUACAUAUAGUUUUGCUAGUUUGUGCUAUAUCUCUGCUAGGCCUAAAUCUACUUGUUAAGGUACAACGUACAACGGACAGAACUUCAUAUGGCUAUACAUCAUUUUUAUACAGAUGGAAGCUUUUAUACAUCUCUUGUGGAACAAAGUCUUAACAAGAAGGGUUACUCAAUCUCUGAUCUACCUCCCAAAUCAGCCCUUUGGACAGACAAGAUCCACCUGUGUAUCAACUUGAACCUGAACGGAAUAAAACCUAGCAAAGCUGUCAUUGAAACACAGGUGUCAUACUACUUUCCAUUCUUUAAAAACAUCACCGUCAUAUUGAAUGGAGACAACUUUAUACGGCCUGACUAUGUGCCCGAGUUUGUGGACGUCAUCAGUUGUGACUCUUAUUACGGUUGGUAUCAGCACAAGUGCAUACGAUCGUGCAUUCAACGUGGCUCUGAUGAUACUGAAGGUUUCCUGUACAUUGCUGACGACAUGUUUAUCAACUUAACAAAAAUGGCCGAGCUACCAACUACAAAACUGUGGACUAUUGGAAGUCGAGUAUGCAGCUACUCAUCGAUACAAACUCCAGGCCACGAAGGUUGCGAAUGGUACUGGUGGGAUGCUCCGACCUAUGGAGCAAAGAAUCUGGAUAUUGUAAUCAAAAGUUUACCAGCCAAAUGGAAGGAGCAGCUGGUGAAGACAGCUGGUUUUCCUGACCAUUUCAAAGCUUACUGUAUUUCUGACAUUAUUUACAUCCCUCAAGCACUUGUUAUGAACAUGACACACGUACUUGAUCACAUUAUAAACACAACCGAACUAUUUUGCGAACUCGCAACUAAUUUAGCCAUGCAUAUUGUGGCUCCUGAUAGAAUCACAUUGCUGGAUGGUUAUCUAUGGGACGAUAAGAGUGUUGCAGCCAUUAAGGAAAUGGCAACUACUGCACAUUUUGUGCAUCCUGUCAAGUUUGGAAUUCGGGAGCAACGUGACAUUUGGAUUCAGAACAUGGAAAAGCAACUCUUUAAUUUAAUCGAUAUGAGUAUAUCGUAGUAAUCUAUAAUAAUAAUGUACGUCUUACAAGUUGUAGGUUGUUAAUUAACUGCCUAUAAUUAUAUUGUCAAUGUAUAAUUUAUAUAUGAAAAAAUUU